AUGGAGUCCUUAUCUCCCCCGCCGCAUCCUCUUCUAUCACGUUCACCAUCCCCAAUUCCUCCCACGCACACAGACACCCCCAAGGACUUUGUCACGAAAGUCUUAUCUCCACGAGUUGCUGUCGUUUCGUCUCCGGAUGCCGACGAAGUCUGUAGAGCGAAUAAUUUUCCAACAUUUCUGGAUAUGAUUCGGCCCUUUGGAGAAUUGAUAUCUGGCAAGGUUACCGCUCGUGAUUCUCAAGGAUUACCGAAUCCAAUCGAGCGUUUUACUGUACGAUUUGCGGAUUUGGCAUACUUGGAGCAGCCUGAUGUUACUCUUGCCUCAAGAUUACUCGAGGAAAGAGCCAAAGCAUUUCGUGGUAAUCUAAGUUCACAACCAGUAUAUCCAAAUAUAAGAUCGAAAGCGGAUAUUCAAAGUGACUAUCUCGACUCGAAAUUAGACGAUAUAACUCCAUGGUAUGCUGAGUAUCGAAAACUAUUCUUUCAAUUAACCGGAGUCAGUGAGCACGAAACAUUCGAUCACCCUGUGGCUUGCAUCAUCGCGAUUAGCUCAUCGAAUCCAGAUCCAAUCGCAACCUUAAGCGAAAUUUAUAAUAGUAUGACAUCCGCCCCAAUAUUCGGCGAGAGUUACCUUGACCCAGACAUCUUGAAGUAUUAUGUCUUAUUGCAUGAUGAACAUAGAGUCGGUUUAGAACACUCAGAAGCCGUCUUUAAGAAAUUAAAACAGACGUUUGGACUGCAUUGUCACCUAUUGAAAUUAAAUUCGCUUCCGCCCCCAUCGCCAAUCGAUCUAAUGGAUUCUACAAACACGCCCUCUCACACACCUGCUUAUCUGCGUAUUCCAGACGUAUGGUCACCGAUCAUAAGUGAAAUCGGCACCAUUAUGUCUAUAUUACAAUCCUCCACAUCAACGCCUUCGUCACCCUUUGAAGAACGACCAUCUGCAAGUUCUCCGACCCUUCAAACCUUUGGUCUACCGCUUUCUCCCACAUCCACAUUAAAUUCGCCAUCUAGCGAAGAGUUUUUUGGAAAAGAGAAAGAAUCAGGUGUCGAUUCACAGAGUUGGCUGGGCUUGGGAAUGAUUGGAAGCUUACCCCCGUCUAAUGUGCAAUAUGGAUUAUGUCUCAGUGAAGACGACUUUGCUGGAAUUAAGACGUUUGUUCGUGAAUUGGUUGCGCAAAGCAUUGUUCCAUAUAUGGAGAGAAGUAUUCAAAGAUGGAAUGAGCAGGUUGCUUCCUCCCGUCGUGGAUUUACCGGUCGUCUAUUUACAGUAGGUCGACGCUACUUUGGCGGUGGAACAAAAGCCGCGAGCCAAGUACAGCAAACAACACAAGCUGCGCAUCGUGCAAAUAAUAUAUAUCCACAUACUUCACCUGAAGCACAAAUGAGAAAGUUGGCUGAUUAUGCCUUUAUGCUUCGUGACUACCAAUUCGCGCGUUCGGUGUAUGACUCUGUAAAACGUGAUUUUUCAGCCGACAAAGCUUGGAAAUAUUACGCUGGAGCUCAAGAAAUGAUUGGUUUAUGUUUAUUAAUUGCACCGUCGUACGCAGACUCAAAGAUAGACAUUGAUCAUUACUUUGAGCAAGCAGUUAAUGCUUUCAGUAAUCGAGCGAAAGCUUCCUUUUGGGCUACAAAGACAACAAUUCUUUAUUACGAAAUGUUAAAACAUAGGAACAUGUAUAAAAAUGCUCCACCUGCAUUAAUAAGAAUGGCCGGUGAUGACUCCGACCUAAGAAGUGCUUUAUUCUUGGAACAAGCUGCGCAUUCAUUCCUGCGAUGUAGCAGACCAAGGGUCAGAAAUUUCGCUUUUCAUAUGAUAAUGGCUGGACAUCGAUAUGGGAAAUGCAGUCAGCGCGAACAUGCAUGCAGAUGCUACUUGGCAGCAUCUAAUGUUUUCGAAGGUCAUUCGUGGUCGUUAGUAGAAGAUCACAUAAAUUUUGCUCUCGGACGUCAAUUUUACCACUUGCGCGAUCUUGACAAUGCUUUGAAAUUCUUCUUGAAAUUGUUGAGGGAAAGUCGCCAGCCACCAUCACAACAACAGGCUUAUCUAAGAGAAUUCCUAAUUGUAUAUAAAGUAUACGAGAAUAAAAUAGACAAGGAUUCUGUAAUUGGUAUACAGGAACUACCAGUUCCUAAAAUUGAUGAUAAUUCUGUUAGAGUUGUGCUCUCCAAUUCACAGUCAAGCGAAUUUGAUGAGACAUGGGAGAUGAUGGAACAAGAAUUUAUAGAGGAAGGAUUCAAAGGACUUGAUUCCCACGGUAGGCCUAGGGUACGACCAAAACUGUCAAGUAAGGAUAUGUGUCGGACGCUGUGUGCUGUCGGAGAAACGUUUUUUGUACAUCUUACCUUAUACAAUCCAAUGCAAAUACCAAUUACUGUCAAUGAUUUGGUCCUUGAAUGCGAGUAUACUGCUAAUUCGGAAUCCGUUGCAAGCGACAAGUCAGAUAAUAAUAUAUUUCAAUACGACCUGUCCGAAGAUGUGAAUAUAAACUACGUAAAACUGGAUGCAUUCGAUCUUGAAAAACUUUCAGAAGUCGCGUUGGGGGGUUUGGAAAGAAAAACUGUCUCUUUGCGAGUGUUUCCUAAGAAAGAAGGACGGCUGAAACUUCUAGGACUUCGGUAUGCGCUACAGUCGAUUGUCUAUUCUUAUAAAAAAUUCUCUAAGCAUGGGAAACGCCUGAACGACACUAAGGAGCAAAGAAUGAAUGUAGUUUAUGCUCCAGACAGUUCCCUCGAACUUACUGUCACUGCUCCUAUGCCGCUACUUGAGGUAGCUUUCCGUUCGUUUCCCGACAUGUUGCUUUCUGGAGAAGUGACUAGACUAGUGUUGGACAUAAGUAAUAAAGGUCAAACCGGAUUGACCGAUUUGAGGGUUAAACUGAGUCAUCCAAGUUUUAUUUGUAUUGGAGAUACUAGGAUGUUAGAUCGAAGUGUUUAUAGUGAUGAUCCUACGGAAUUUUCUGAAACUCAAUUAAGAUCAGAGAGCUUUGCUAUCAGUAAUACUUUAUCGAAUAGUAGUAUAAUGGAUGUGCCACUCCCUCAUGAUGAAACCACAAAGUCCGCUCUUCUUGCUCCCGGAAAGGCAACUUCGAUUCCAAUAUGGAUUAGGGGAGAUAAAAUUGGGAAACACACCCUCAGAUUUUUGUUUACUUAUGAAUCAGAGGAUAAGAACGCAGCUAUGAGAUAUCGAAGCUUGCGAUUUGUUACAUCUGCUCAAGUUUUGCAAUCUCUAAAGAUAAGUGCAUUUACUAGGCAAAGUACGAAGUAUUUAAAUGAGUACAUCUUAGGCAUCGAGACCGAGAAUCUGCAAACAACGGCAGAUUUUCAAUUGAUACAAUUGACAUCCACAAGUCCGUCAUGGGUUAUAUCACCUGUGACUCAAGCUUUAGACAAUUCGACAGCUCUCAUAGCACCCCGACAGACUACUUUUACAUAUUAUCGACUGAGAAAAGUUACUACUGUUGCUCCGUCUGACGGCAAGACACCAGAACUGUAUACAUCAAGUGCAUUCAAGAGAUUGAUCAUGGGAGGAGAGAACGAACACAUAGAUGAACCUUCGCCGGUUGAACUGCUGGUUACUAACAUACCUUUUUCCGACCGCAUAAUACCAAGCUCAUCUAAACCGCUCGAAAGUUUUUCUAUAAACUCUAGAAUUCAAUGGAAAACGAACACACUGCAGAAUCAAUUCCCAACAAUACCGCAAAAGCAACAUUCUCAAAUAUUUACUCUAUAUACUACUGAUGAUGUUGAUAUUGCAUUGUAUUGGAACAUGCUUAAUCUGCCAAGAAAGGGCCAUCAUUAUAUCAUUGGAAUCAACCUCGGCGUACAACAAAAUCCGGUUGAAGGAAAAGAUAUUCUAAUUGCACCGAGCAGGGCUCUUUACGAACAAACGGUGAAAGAGAGGACAGCCUUGAUUAAUGGUCUGUUGAAGAACAAACAUUUUAAGGACGAGAAUCCCUUGAAGUUAACGGUUACAUGUAAUGAUGUGUAUGAACAUGAGUUUUCGGAUAUUGGCAAUACACCUCAUAAGUCAUAUAUGACAGUAUUCCAAUGGACAGGUGCAACAAUUAGAUAUGGUUCGCUUGCUCCUGAUGAAGAACACACAAUCACUGCCAUGGCCUGUUUUACUCAACCAGGCGUAUAUGAUCUAAACAGAUGGCGAUUGACAGUAAACACAGAUGACGAUUCCCAUACACCAAGUGAUUUUCAACACAAAGAAGGAUUCAUCCAAAUGCCAAGCGCUCCACACUUGGUUACGAUAGUGAAUAAGGAAAAAUGA